AAAAUGUUUUAACCUGGGGCGCCUGGGUGGCUCAGUCGGUUAAGCGUCUGCCUUCGGCUCAGGUCAUGAUCCCAGGGUCCUGGGAUCGAGUCCCACAUCGGGCUCCCUGCUCAGUGGGAAGCCUGCUUCUCCCUCUCGCACUCCCCCUCCUUGUGUUCCCUCUCUCACUAUUUCUGUCAAAUAAAUGAAUAAAAUCUUUUUUUAAAAAAGUGUUUUAACCUAAAAAGAACGUCUAUCCCUCGGUUCCAUGCGCCUUCCGAUACCAGGUAUCUUCUCCAAAGAGUCAUUCACACCUGUCUCCGUUUCUUCACCUCCCACCCACUUGCAGUCUGGCUUUUACCUCCAGAAACUGCUCUGAUCAAGGUUGCCAGUGGCCUCUCUGUGCACCCCCCCCACCCCCGGUGUAGUUAAACGGAGUCACCCCAUUCAGGUUUUCUCUUACUAGACUUGGAGAGUUCAAUGCCAUUGAUCUCUCCAUCCUUCUUGAAAGUUGUCUCUUGCUUUCUUUUGUUUUCGUUUUAAGAUUUAUUUAUUUUAGAAAGAAAGAAAGAAGGAGAGAGUGGGGGUAGGGGCAGAGGGAGAGAAUCUUCAAGGGGACUCCCCAUUGAGCAAGGAGCCCAUAGCCCGACUCAGCUCCAUCACAAGACCCAUGAGAUCAUGACCUGAGCCGAAACCAAGAGUUGGACGCUCGACCUACUGAGCCACCAGGCGCCCCCUCCUUGGUUUCUGUGACACCACUCUUUCCCUUUCUCUUCCUCUCUCUCAGGCUCCUCCCGCUCAGCCUCGAUCAGUUUUCUAUGGCUGCUGCAGCAGAUGACAAGCUGGGGGGCUUAAAACAAGAGAAAUGUAUUCUGUUUUGAGGGCCAGAGGUCUGAAAUCGGUACCACAAGGCUGAAAUCAAGGUGUUAGCAGGACUGAGGAGGGCCUCCCUCAGAGGCUCUUCCAGCUUCUGGUGGCUCCUGGCGUUCCUUGGCUUGUGGCCACAUCACUCCGAUCUCUGCUUCUGUCCGUCUUCACAUGGCCUUCUCUUCUGUGCUGCACGCAGCCCGGUACUGGACACUGGGGGGAGCUGAGCUGGACACCGGUCCCACCCAGACCCCAGGACAAGGUGGAGGCCGCGGAAGGAGCGCCAAGGGCCCCAGAUGAUGACGCCCUGGGGGCUGAGAACACAGCAGUGAGUGCCAUGCUGCGCGCCGUGGCCGCCAGCCGCCUGCCUGUGUGCAGCCAGCAGCAGGGCGAGCCUGACCUCACCGAGCGGGAGAAGGUGGCCAUCCUGGGCCAGCUGUACCAUGAGAAGCCGCUGGUGUUCCUGGAGCGCUUCCGCACGGGCCUCCGCGAGGAGCACCUGGCCUGCUUUGGCCACUUGCGCGGCGACCAUCGUGCAGACUUCUACUGUGCUGAGGUGGCCCGGCAGGGCAGUGCCCGACCCCGCACCCUGCGCACCCGCCUGCGUAACCGGCGCUACGCUGCCCUGCGUGAGCUCAUCCAAGGCGGCGAGUACUUCAGCGACGAGCAGAUGCGCUUCCGGGCCCCGCUGCUGUACGAGCAGUACAUCGGGCAGUACCUAACCCAGGAGGAGCUCAGUGCCCGCGCUCCGGCCCACCAGCCGCCCAAGCCCGGCGCCCUCGGCACCCCCGCCUGCCCGCUCUCUGAUCUGCUGCUCCAGUCCUACCAGGAGCGGGAGCUGCAGCAGCGGCUGCUCCAGCAGCAGGAGGAGGAGGAGGCCUGCCUGGAGGAGGAGGAAGAUGAGGAGGACAGCGAUGAGGAAGACCAGAGCCCCAGCAAAGACUCGGAGGCCUGGGUCCCCGACUCAGAAGAGAGGCUGAUCCUGCGGGAAGAGUUCACCAGCCGGAUGCACCAGCGCUUCCUGGACGGCAAGGACGGGGACUUUGACUACAGCACCGUGGACGACAACCCCGACUUUGACAACCUGGACAUUGUGGCGCGGGAUGAGGAGGAGAGGUACUUCGACGAGGAGGAGCCCGAGGACGCGCCCAGCCCAGAGCUGGAUGGGGACUGAUGGCCGCGGCCGCCCGCCCCGCCCAUGACUCCGUCUAGGGGACAGCCUCGCUGGCUCUGGUGCCAUCCCUGCCCCCUCUUUGUGCGGGGUUCCCUCCCUUCCCCCCCACCCCCCACUCCACCUCUGUCUCUCGUGGUCUCUCUGGCUCACUCGCUUUUUCUCCCUGCCUUUGUGUCUCUUGCUUUCUGCGUCCCCCUCCCUCUUGCAGCACCUCACUGUCUUUUCUCUGUGCCUUUCUCUCUGUCCCUUUCCCUGCGCCCAGGCCUCUGUCCCCACGAUAGGGCCCAGGCUGAAGGUCGUCCCCUUGACCGAGGCCCUUCGUAGCCGGAGCCGGCCGGGACGAUAUCAGUGUCCUGUGUAGGGUCCAGGUGAACCCCGGGCUUCGCCCCCGGCCUCUGCCUGUUUCCCACCUCUGUGCCGAUGCGGCUCGUGCCUCCCUGCCUCUGUUUCGGUCCCAUCUCCCUCAGCCUCGCUCUGGGCCUCUGGCUCUUCCCGCUGUACGCUCCCAUCUCUCGGCCCCCACGCUACCUCUGGCCCUCCGUCUGCCUCUCAGCCUCUCUCUCUCUCUCUGUUUCCGUGUCGUUUCCCCCCCACCCCCUGGCCCAGCCACUGUGGGCAGCAGAGCCCUGACUGCUGAGGAAGGUGGCCUCGCUGGGCGGGCUACCAGCUGUCACUUCUCCCUCAGGACCCAGACUUGGGAGGGGGGUGCAGGGGCAGCACCAGGGCCACGGGCCUGCCAGCUUGGGUGUGGUGGGAGGGGGCACGGGGAGGGGGGCUCUCCCCUCUCAGCCCCACCGGCCUCUCUCUUUCCCCGGCCACAAUGUUCCCUUCCUUCACUUCCUCCGCCUCCUUCUCCCUCCUGUUUACACUCCCCAAAUACGCACAGGCUGUUAUCAUGGGUCCUGAGUCAUCCCACACACAGCCUGCCCCAGCAUCCCUGCCCCCAGCUGGCCACAGGGCCCGCCCCGCAGAGCCCCCCGCCGCCCCCGGCUAAUGCGAGCCAGAUGGCCUCCCGGUGACUCAGCCACUGGCCUGUGGGAACCCAGGCGUCUCACCUUCCCAUGCCCCCACACCCAGCUCCUGCUCCCCCAGUAGACAUGCACAUGGAGAAGGGGUCAGCUGCUUGCCGGGAGGGCCAUGGGGCAAAGAGGUGGGGCCUGGGGACCCCUCGCUCCUGGGAGCCAGAAUGAUGGCACCCCACCAUAGCCAAGCCUGCAGGACCCUCAAAACCACCUCCUCAGGCACAUGGCCCAGAGUAAGGGGGAGACCCUGAGGCCUCCCAGGGCCACAGCUCUUGACCCCUGGGCCUCAGCUCUGCCCUCUGGGUCAAGCAGGACUAGAGCCAGACACAGAAAGUGAGAGCUGGCCUAGAGGCCAAGGGACAUUCACACGGAGAGACUUAAAUACGGAAGCUCCCAGUUAGCAGUUCUAUCCUCUGCCGGACCUGACGCCACACUGAAUCCUCCUGACGACCCUGUGAACUAGGGACUCGCCUCCAUUCCAUAGGUGAGUCAGGGGAGGCCAGAAGGGAGGUGUUAGUUGGUCGAGGCUGCACGGCCAGUGAAGAUGAAAAACCAGGUCUAGACCCUCACAGGUCCUGGGGACCAUCCUCCUAGGUUGCGUGUCAGGUCAGGGCCACCCGGAGCGGUCGGAUGCACGGAUUUGCUCAAGAAGAGCAAGGAAGAGGUGGCUAUGGAGGGUGAUACCAGCAGCUAAGCUUGGGCGGGGAGGGGGGGCGUCCCAUGUGCUCGGCACCGCCCUGCACACGGGCGCCGAGGUCGGCACCUGGACAGGAAGCCCCGCGGCCCUCCUGCGCCACAUGGACGGUCCACACUGCCACCCUGGCUGCCACGGAAGCCCAGGGUGGGCCAGCCGGCGCGACGCGCCCUCGGAGAGCCCGAGGCUGACGGGGGUUUGCCCCUCGGGUACAUGUGCGCGCCCGCCCGCGGGCCCAGGGAGCUUUUCUAGCACGGGGAGCAGCCCUGCGUGAUGUGCGCGGUUUGGGCCAGCUUGUCAUUGGAUCCUUAACGUUGUUUGUGAUAUACUUUGCCGGACGCAGACUUGUUACAUAAUAAAGUGAUGAGAGACUACA